AUGCAGCUUACACUGCUCUGUGGACUCCUUUCGUCUGGAGGUUUCUAUUCCCAGCUUGAGUUAGCGGAAGGAGCCAAGAUUCUGGCGGUGUACGCCUAUCCAGGCAAAUCGCAUUUCAUGAUGAAUACGGCACUGAUGAGAGAACUCGUUGAAAGUGGCCACCAGGUGACCAUGAUCACGGCCUAUUCCUUGGAAAAAGAAAAGCUGGGCGACAACUUCACGGAGAUCGUAAUAGAACCCGUAUAUGAUUACUGGCAUGAUGUCAAGCAGAAUUUUAAAGCAGAUCACCUGUUCGAGCUGACCCGGCUAACCAACGAUGAUUUCCUGAAUAUGCUAGAGAUCAUAGGUGUGAAGACCACGGAACACGCUCUCAAGCAGCCCAAGGUUCAGGCUCUUAUCCAUGCCAAGGAAACAGUAGGUGUCUUUGAUCUUCUCCUCGCAGAGCAAUUCUACCAGGAGGCCUUCUUAGCUUUGGCCAAGAUCUAUAAGAUACCCGUGGUGACCACCAGCACCCUUACUUACGAGAACAGCAUGAGUCAGAUGAUGGGUCUGAUCUCACCUUGGUCCUUUGUCCCACACGGUUUCUCUCGCUUCACGGAUCGCAUGAGUUUCCUGGAGCGAGUGACAAACUCGUAUCUAUCUUUGUACGAGGACUUGCACAGGCUCCUCAGCUACUUUCCCAAGAUGGAUGCGGUGACCAAGGAGUUCUUUGGCUCCGUUUUGGCUGAGGUUCCGAAAGUCAAGGACAUGGAGCGGCAAAUCUCGGUGAUGCUGCUUAACAGUCACGCUCCGUUGACCACGGCACGUCCCACGGUGGACGCCAUGGUCCCAGUGGGUGGCAUGCACAUAUAUCCGCCCAAGGCUCUCCCCCAGGACAUGCAGGACUUCUUGGAUGGCGCUGGUGAGGCGGGAGCCAUCUACUUCAGCCUGGGCAGCAAUGUCCAGAGCAAGGAUAUGCCGCCGGAGAUGCUACGCCUAUUCCUACGGGUAUUCGGCUCACUUCGGCAGCGGAUUCUGUGGAAGUUCGAGGAUGAGAGCAUUGGUCAACUGCCCGCGAAUGUGAUGGUAAGAAAGUGGCUGCCCCAGGCCGAUAUCCUGGCUCAUCGCCAAGUCAAGGUGUUCAUCACGCAUGGCGGCCUUUUUGGCUUACAAGAGGGUGUCCACUACGCGGUGCCCAUGCUGGGAAUCCCCAUCUACUGUGACCAGCACCUCAACAUACACCAGGCCGUUCUCGGUGGGUAUGCCAUCAGUCUGCAAUUCCAGUCCAUCACCGAGGAUAUCCUAAGGCAAUCCCUGCUUCAACUCCUACACAAUGGAACCUACAAGGAGAACAUUCAACGAGUGUCUAAUAUCUGGAGGGAUCGCCCGCAGGAGCCGCGCCGAACCGCAGUCUAUUGGAUCGAGUACGUCAUCCGGUAUGGAGGAGCUCCGCACAUGCGAUCCGCUGGCCUGGACCUCAACUGGUUCCAGUUCUAUCUCCUGGAUGUGAUUGCCUUUGUUGUAGUCGUUUUCAUAGCUGGAAUCAUGGCCAUUUGGCUGGCCACUCAAAUGCUAAUUGGCAGUAAACCAUUAAACUGA